CAGCGAUCAAAUUCAUAUGGGACAACAAUUCAUUGUUAUGUCGAUGACGCGCAGACAAGUGCAACCAAGAUAUCAGGAUAUGAUCAAACUAAAAUUUCUCCUUAGCUGUUACUCACACCCACUGAAUUCCAAUGACUUCCUGUAUUUUCCCCGAAAGGAAAAUAAGACUUAAUUUUAGCUAAGCGAAGCAAUAUUCGUGAACGGAGAUAACGGCGAUAUCUUAGGUUUACCUCGAAGUGCACAGAAAAUUUUGUCAUCAUACCUAUAUUUUAAUCGACCUAAGUAAAAAGAGAUGGAGAAUCCAGAGCCUGAUGUCCCUUCAGAGGAAAUUGUAGAUGUUGGCACAAGGUGUCACAAAAGAGCUAUCACGAUAAGAUACACACAUACAAGAGGUUAGUUUUUUUAAGCAGUUUUGCUUUCCAGAGAGCAUUUUAAGGUUUUAAAUUCAGCUUAGUCUGGUUUAGUUAUCCAAGUGGAUGACGGAGACCUAGUAAAGAAAUCUGUGAGGAUGACAGUCAGGUCUAACAAGGACAAGACUUACACCAUCACUCGUCAUCAAGGAGGAGGUAGAUAAAAAUUCAAAGCUUUGGACCUUUGCUUUAGCCUAGGUUUCAAUUAAAAACUACAUGUAAUCCGCACAGAAAAAAACGUCUGUUAAGCUAACGCCUGACCAUAAAACAUAAUUCUACCUAUGAGGUCAAAAUCCACAAGUAGGCAUAAAAAAAAUAGCAAAGGCCGACACGAUAAACUAUGACGGAUAAGACUUCACAUCGUUUGUAACAAUGCAGGAUUUAAUCUUCAAAAGGUGCAUUACACAACACAUGCAUGGAGGAGUUAUUCCAUGAAUUUUCACCACCACAAUUUUUCAGAUUUCUAACAAGCAUUCAAUAUCAUGAUCUCAAAUAAAUGAUAUAACGAGUAAAACAAUAUUUUUACAGUGUAUAAAGCAAAUUCUUGGUUCACGUGGGUAAAACGCCGACAAUGAAUGAGG